AUGAACAGAAAGGAGAUUGACGCGCAGGCUGAAGUGAAUGAGCAGAGAGAAAUGGCAGAGGCAGAAAUACGAGAGGAGGGAAAAAACCAAGCGGAGCAACAGGAGAGUGGUGAGCGGGAAAGAAGGGAGCAGGAGAGAGGAGAGCAAGAGGAUCAGCAGCAGGGUGGUGAGCGAGAAGGAAGAGAGCAGGAGGGAGGAGAGCAAAGAAUAAGGCAGGUUGCACAAAAAAAUAGAGAACCAGUGAGGAUGAUCCUGAGGCCUCAUCAGGGCCCUCGUGGGGAUAAAGGAGACCAGGGGCCUCGAGGACAAAGGGGCAUGAGAGGAAGGGUUGGAAAGCCAGGACCACGGGGCUUCCCAGGAGGAAUGGGUGUAGCUGGACUGAGGGGCGUCCCAGGAGAAAUGGGUCUACCUGGACCAAGGGGCCCAUCAGGACCAAGGGGCCAACGAGGACAAAGGGGUCCACGAGGACAAAUGGGCCCGCAAGGACAAAUGGGCCCACGAGGACGAAUAGGCCCACGAGGAGAAAGAGGGGCGGAGGGACAAGGACUAAUGGGUGUGCCAGGACCCAGGGGUGAACCAGGACCAAGGGGUCCCGACG